CUCGUGUGUGUGACAUUCUGGCUCCCACCAAACCCCCUCCACUCAGCAGCAAGUGUGGAAGUUGGCGAGCGCCAACACGCCGCUUUUUCACGAGCCCGGUUGCCAGCAUGUUGGGUGGUUGGGGUCAGAGCGCAGGGUCAACCAUGAUACGGCGCCCCUGGAGCAGAGACGGUUAAGGGCCUUGCUCAAGGGCCCAACAGUGACAGCUUGGCAGUGCUGGGGCUUGAACUCCUGACCUUCCGAUAAGUAACCCAGAGCCUGGCAAUGCUGGGGCUUUGUAAUAUUGUGUUAAUAUUUGUGAUAUUUGUGUUUUUGUUAUUCCCAUGAGAAUUUUGCAGUUCUGUCACAGUACGGUUACGAUGGCGUUUAAUAAUAGAAAAAUCGACGAUCUCAAACAUUACGUGAAAAUGCUCAGGUUUCUCUGUUAGCACCGAAAAAGCAAAAGACCAUCAGCUUCUUUUCUCACUCCCACCAUUUUCUUUUGUAAAUAUUUAAAUAUUGAAGUGUAUGGAAAAUAAGUUAUUUUACUGAUUCGUUUUGUACUUUUAUUUUGAAGCCGUGUCUUUUAUGAAUGUGUGAUCAAUUGGCUACUUCCGGGUUUGAAAGGCGAAGCUGUCAAAGCGCUCCGCCGGGCUAGCCGAAAUGGCAACGUUCAUAUUUAUAACGCUGUACGCUUUUAUAAACUGUUUAACAUUUUUGCCAGUCGUACGCAGCAACAGUUUCGAGACAAAAGCCACACGGUUCUUCAGCAGUGGUCACACGAACAAUUGGGCAGUGCUGGUUUGCACAUCGAGAUUCUGGUUCAACUAUCGCCACGUGGCCAACGUGCUGUCUGUGUACAGGAGCGUGAAGAGACUGGGAAUCCCGGACAGUCACAUCGUUCUGAUGUUAGCCGACGACAUGGCCUGCAACCACAGAAACCCUAAACCUGCUACCGUGUUUGGCCACAAGAACAUGGAGCUGAACGUGUACGGGGACGACGUCGAGGUGGAUUACCGCGGAUACGAGGUUACAGUGGAGAAUUUCCUGCGAGUGCUGACUGGGCGACUCCCGGCGAGCACGCCUCGCUCCAAGCGCUUACUGAGCGACGACCGCAGCAAUAUCCUUAUCUACCUCACAGGUCAUGGCGGGAACGGCUUCCUAAAGUUCCAGGACUCGGAGGAGAUCAGCAAUGUGGAGCUGGCCGACGCGUUCGAGCAGAUGUGGCAGAAGCGAAGGUAUAAUGAGCUGCUGUUCAUAAUUGACACCUGCCAGGGGGCAUCCAUGUACGAGAGGUUCUACUCACCAAAUAUCAUGGCUCUGGCCAGCAGUCAAGUCGGAGAGGACUCGCUUUCACACCAGCCUGACCUCGCCAUCGGAGUCCAUCUGAUGGAUAGAUACACCUUCUACCUGCUGGAGUUCCUGGAAGACAUCCAUCCCGCCAGUCAGGCCAAUAUGAACGAUCUGUUUAAAGUGUGUCCCCAAAGCCAGUGUGUGUCCACUCCGGGCCACCGUACCGACCUGUUCCUGCGAGACCCCGGCAGCGUCCUGAUCACCGAUUUCUUCGGCAGCGUGCGCAAAGUGGAGAUCACGCGGACGGUGGUGAACCUGACCACGCCCGUAGAGAAAGUCACGCCCGCAGUCAUAUCUGUUGCUCAACACAAUGUGAAGAGCGAGGUGCUGUCUUAUGUAGACCAGUUACCAGUGGCUGAAAUCAUUCAUCAGAAACCCAAGCAGAAGGACUGGCACCCUCCGGACGGCUUCAUCCUCGGCCUGUGGACCCUCAUCCUGCUCGUCUUCUUCAAAACCUACGGCAUCAAACACCUCAAGCACAUCUUCUGAAUGCCGUACGCGCUUCUGUCAGAAAUUCUCAUUUUCACGCGGAGGUUUUCGACAGCUCCCGUGCUUUAAAAAGGCCUCAUGCUUCUUUUUUUUCCUCUUCAAAAAAAGCGUUGUGAAGCAUAGGACGGCCUUUUUUAAAAAAAAGACGAUGCGCUCUGACUACUGACUUCGACGAGCCUUUGUUGUGCUCUGCUAUGGAGUGUAAUAUGGUUACAUUUCAGCACAAGGGACUUUUUUUUUGGUCAGGAAGGGGUUCUUUCACCGCCCUUUUUUUUUUUCUUUCCUUCCCUUUUUUUUUCUUUUUAAUCCUCUGAUACAUUCGUCCAAGGACAAACUGACUUUGAAACUCGGUUCAGCUUCUCUGAGAUCGGGAUUAUAGAAGCGUCACUCGAGGAACUCUUUGUUGAAAAUCACUCGUUGAUUAUAAUUUGCGUUUGCUGUCUAACGAGAAACAAAAACAAUUUUCUCAAUUGACCUCAUGUCCGGUGUGAGUGGAAGUUUGCUCCUUUACUUUUGCACCAGAGCUACAAGGCUAACACGGCUGAGAAAUAACGAGCGCUAAUGGCUAUCGGUUUAGCACUGUACAAACUGCAUGUCUGAAUAAUUUAGUAUAGUUUCGUAUCCCACCCAGAAACGCUUGUUCACGUGGUUUGUAAAUAUAAAUGUGUGUGGGUGUGUGUAUAUAAUAUAUAAUAUGUACAUCGCAAACUUAACUUUAAUAAUGCAUAUAUAUAUCGCAAACUGCAAUAUAUAAAAAUUCAAAGUUUUCUACAUCAGGCUUGUAGCUGCAAAGAAGCAAACUUAAGACAACAAAAUAUGUUGUCGAUGAUCAGUUAGAUUUCUGAUACGUUUUGUUGCACAUUAAAAAAAAUUACCCAUGAUUCCAAGCCUUUGUCCAAUAACUUACUAUAGCGAUAAUUUUUUAAAAAUCUUAUCGCCAAAUAGUUUUUUCGGUCCCGUUUUAAUAAAUCUAACAGGUUUUGGACACUUUGGGCUUUGAUUUAUAUAUCAAACUGUUAAAUGUUUAAAAAGGGUCGGUACUAUUUGACUGUUAGAAGCGUACACGAGUUACCAUGGGGGG